AUGAAUUCUUUAGUAAAUCAUUCGACAACAACAAGUGACUUUAAUAAAUCAUUGGAUGAACUGUUGAAUUUCGCUGAGAGUCUCAAACUACGCGAAAAAGAACUCGAUCAACAACAUAAACUAGACCUAGAGAAGCAAAAAGUAGAAUACGAGACUCAAGUUCAAUUCGAGAAGAAACAGGUUGAACAAUUACAAGAAAUCAAUCGUUUAUUACGAGAGAAAGUUCAACGAGAAGAACAAACACAAGCUGCUGCAGAUAAAAAAUAUACAGAAUUAGAAACCAGAUACAAAUGUACUGUAGAGGAAUUGAAACAAAUCAAAAACCAACAUCAUGAAAAACAAGCACGCAUCGAAGAAUUGGAAAAAAUCGCACGAAUUCUCACCAGUGAUAAAACAAAACUUGAAAAAGAAGUUCAACAACUCAAACUCGACAAUCAGACUCUACAAGAUCAACUGAAACAAACGCCAACCACUACCGCAUCACCACAUGUACCCAAUGAAAUACUUGAAUUAGUCGAAAAAGCGGUGGUCGAAAAUAACGAAUUAAAAAAAUUAUUAAGUGAACGUGAUAGUAGUAUUCAAAGCCUGAACGAACAGUUAAGCAAAACUCAAGGUGAAGAUCCUCAACUUGCCGAACAACGUCUCUUACAAAUGCUCGCAAAAUUAAAAGCGGAUUUUCGUCUCAUGUAUGAAAAUCAAUCGAAUUUUUUUCUGGAAAAAAUUGAUCUUCUUAAACAAAAGCAACGUGAUAAUAUAGCUAGUCUUUAUAAACAUUAA